CUCUUACACCCUUAUCUGCUACGUGGAAAUAGUUUUCCCAAAGAGCGGUUUCUUAGUUCUCAUCAGAUACUCCUAUAAAUGACUCUUCCCCGUUGGCUUUUCUCUUCUGCUCAUUCUCCAUCCUCCAAAGUUGGAGGCUCUGCUGCUAAUUUUGGUGAAGUCAGUCAUAGACACUUGUCAAAUUUGAAGAACAUUUGAAGAGAGUUGGAGCACUGGGAAUUUUCCCAAUUCAAUUGUCAUUGCUGUGAAGUUCUCAGGUAUAAAAGAUGGAUUACGUUUACGCCCCAGGGAGGAACCAUCUUUUUGUUCCAGGGCCUGUUAAUAUCCCAGAACCUGUCAUUCGGGCGAUGAACAGAAACAAUGAGGAUUAUCGUUCCCCUCCAGUACCAGCCAUGACGAAAAUCCUUCUGGAGGAUGUUAAGAAAAUUUUCAAGACAACUUCAGGGACGCCAUUUUUGAUUCCCACUACAGGUACUGGUGCAUGGGAAAGUGCACUUACAAACACAUUGUCUCCUCGUGAUCGUACUGUAUCGUUCCUGAUCGGGCAAUUCAGUCUUCUCUGGAUUGAUAUGCAGCAGCGUCUCAACUUCAAUGUUGAUGUUGUAGAAAGUGAAUGGGGCCAAGGUGCCAAUCUUGACAUCCUGGCAGCAAAAAUUGCAGCCGAUAGUGCACAUACUAUUAAAGCUAUCUGCAUUGUCCACAAUGAAACAGCAACAGGUGUCACCAACAAUUUGGCUGCUGUCAGGAGAAUACUUG